GACAAGUGCUGUCAGGCUGGGAGGAACAAUGAAUCUCCUGCCAGACUUCUCCCUAGCCACUUGGACACUCCUCAUCAUUUUCCUUAGCCUCCUGGUCCUCUAUGGGAUAUGGCCCUACCAGACCUUCAAGAAGCUGGGCAUUCCUGGGCCCCGGCCUCUGCCGUUUUUGGGAACACUCAUGGAGUACCGGCACGGAAUCCUGAAUUUUGAUCAGAUGUGCUUUGAAAAAUACGGUAAAAUCUGGGGGAUUUUUGAUGGCAGGCAGCCUGUGCUGGCUAUUCUCGACCCCGUCGUCAUCAAAACCAUCCUGGUGAAGGAGUGCUAUACCAAUUUUACCAACCGCCGGAACUUCCGUCUGAAUGGAAUUCUGGAGUCAGCCCUCAAUGUGGCUGAAGACGAGAAGUGGAAAAGGAUCCGCACGGUGCUGUCUCCAACCUUCACCAGUGGGAAGCUGAAGGAGAUGUUCCCUAUCAUUAAGCUCUAUGGUGAAAAAUUAGUGAAAAACAUUGAGAAGAAAGUGGCUAAUGAUGAGUUCGUGACCGUGAAGGACAUUUUUGGAGCCUACAGCAUGGACGUAGUGGUCAGCACUUCUUUCAGUGUGGAUAUUGACUCCAUGAACAACCCCAAUGACCCCUUUGUCACCAACAUAAAGAAAUUUCUCAAAUUCAGUUUUCUAAACCCCGUGUUCCUAUUAUUAGUGUUGUUCCCCUUCAUUGUCCCAGUACUGGAAAAGAUGAAAGUGACUCUGUUACCCUCAAAAGUCAUGGAUUUCUUCAGUGGCAACUUCAUGAAGAUGAAGAAGGAACGGGACAAUGGCUACCACGUGGACCGGGUUGAUUUCCUGCAGCUGAUGGUGGACUCUCAGAGCUCACAGAACAGCUCCAAGUCUGCUGAGGAGAAUGACUCAUACAAAACAUUAAGUGAUGAUGAGAUUCUGGCCCAGGCUCUUGUCUUUGUCUUUGCUGGUUACGAAACCACCAGUUCCACCCUCAGCUACAUCGCCUAUAACCUGGCCACACACCCUGAUGUGCAGCAGCAACUCCAGGAUGAGAUUGAUGCAAACCUGCCCAACAAGGCUGCUCCCACAUACAACACCAUCAUGCAGAUGGAGUACCUCGACAUGGUGGUGAACGAAUCCCUCCGGCUCUUCCCCCCUGGGGGGCGGAUUGAGCGGGUCUGUAAGAAGACGGUGGAGCUCAACGGGGUGACUAUUCCAAAGGACAUGGUGGUCAUGAUCCCAGCGUACGUGAUGCACCGCGACCCAGCAUACUGGCCUGAGCCGGAGGAGUUCAGGCCUGAGAGGUUCAGUAAAGAAAGCAGAGAAUCCAUCGACCCCUACAUCUUCCUGCCGUUUGGGGCCGGCCCCAGGAACUGCAUCGGAAUGAGGUUUGCUCUCCUCGUGGUGAAAAUGGCUGUGGUUGUCCUUCUGCAAAACUUCUCGUUCAGACCCUGCAAAGACACUCCGAUCCCCCUGGUUUUGGACACAAAAGGUUUCAUGCAACCGAAGAAGCCCAUCGUCCUGAAGAUGGUCCCCAGAGUCCACGGUGACCUGGAAAAGUGAAGGAACAGAUCAGAGACUCUUGUUUGACGGUGCUUUCUCUGCCUAAAUCUUAGGCAGAGACCCAGAUUGAUGUGUGCACUGUAGAAAUGUCGGUGGUGCAAAUCCUCAUUUCACAACAUGUUAUUAGGGGGUUGGCCCGGCAUAAUUAAAUGAGCGUUAGCCUAAUGAAAACUCCUCAGUCCCAGAUCCUGCUGUCCCAGAUCACAAUAGGCAUUUUGCAAGACCAUUUCCACUCAAGUUAUUUGGGUGUGUUUUUUUUUUUUUUCUUCUACCUCUGAAGAGACACUUUUCUCAGCAAUUUGAUUCCAGACACUGUCAGUCUCUUCUGGCAGUGUAAUUUAAAUCAGGAGAGGGAGAGCAAAUUGCACACAGUUAAGUAAUGCUACCAUUGCUCCUGUUCCUACUGCCUGCUGGGCAGCUCUGUGUGUCUUCUGGUUUUAUACUCCUGGGGAUGCAGAGUUGUCCAGGGCUAUUUCCUCAGCUGUGUGCUCUGACCCUGACAAGUGUUAAAGUGGUCGUGUCCUUGCAGGAACGAAUGCCUGUGGCAAGUUUUCUGAUGCUGAUUUAUUUAGAUUUUCUUAUGAUUUUAUGAGUGAUUCAGAUUGCAGAUGAGUUAACUAGAGGAGCCCAGAGACAAGCAGUUCCCCCUACUGACUGGAGAUUUGUGGAGUGGGAGAGAAGUGCCCUGCGUGUAUUUUCUGAUUGUUUGCUUGUUUUACCCCGGGCACGUGGCCAUCUCCCACAGAAGCAACUGUCAGUACAGGCACCAUCUACACUGCUACUGUGACACCUUUUAGUCUCUGAUGUGUAUUAGGCCAUUGUAAGACCAAAUUAACUGAAUUAAAAAUGACACGGUGCAGCACUGAGAGCCUUCGGAUGUCCUGGGGAACCCUGGUCUAGAAGAAAGAUGUUGCCUUUGGCUGUUGAGAGCUGGGAAGGCUUGCCCAGACUUUAUCUUUUUUUACAUUCUGGAGGACCUAAUGCUCUGUAAUCUCCCACUUCAUGUUACUCCUCCACAAACUGCUAAAGAGAAGCUAAUCACAAUAAAAAGCUUGCUUACCUCUUUUGUACCCAACUG